AUGUCAAGUCGUUUCGGGGGUCUGGCCUACUACGAAUAUCACCGUCAAUUCGCAGCCAGGGCUGCAGCCUUACUUCUUAACCAUAAUAUAAAGGUCGAUUGGUCACGCCGUGAUCCCAUGCUCUACACUUCUAUUUUCGCCGGAACAACAGUAACGGCUUGUAAAACAGACAUCGUUGAUGCAUUUAAGCUUCUGCCCAUCCAUCCGUCACUUUGGCAUUUAUACGGCAUCAACUGGCAGGACAAUUUUUAUUUUUUCGUCCGCCUUGCUUUUGGGUCUCGCUCCAGUCCUAAAAUUUUCGAUCAACUCUCAACUGCCAUUUGCUGGAUCGCUCAUCAUUACUACGGUAUCAACAAAAUGCUGCACCUACUAGAUGAUUUCCUUACAAUCGAUGCACCAUCCUAUGAUGCUGAAAGAACAAUGGCAUUGUUAACGCUCAUUUUUGGCCGCUUAGGAAUCCCAUUAGCCCCACAUAAGACCGUAGGUCCUACUACUACUUUGGAGUUUCUUGGUAUUGAACUUGAUACCAUCAAGAUGGAGGCCCGUCUGCCACUGGUUAAGCUCAAUUGUCUUCUUGAUUUGCUUGAUGAAUUUCUCCUACGCAGAUCCUGCACCAAGCGCCAGCUAUUGAGUCUGCUUGGACACCUCAAUUUCGCGUGCCGUGUAGUCCCUCUGGGUCGUACUUUCAUUUCACGACUUAUCAAAAUUUCGAAAGGCAUUCAAAAACUCCACCACCACGUCGGAAUUUCAUCUGAAAGUAAACAGGACAUUUGCAUGUGGAAGGAAUUUCUAUCUGGGUGGAAUGGCAUUUCACUAUUCCUCGACAGAUACCUCACUCCUGCCCCAGAUAUGCAGUUAUUUACAGACGCCAGUGGUAUCGGCCAUGGUGGGUAUUUCCGGGGAUACUGGUUCCACGAAAGAUGGGCAACAAACCUUAGACUCGAUCAUGACAAGACUCUGUCUAUCGCAUUCCAGGAACUAUGUCCCAUCGUUGUAGCCGCUUUGCUUUGGGGUCAUCAAUGA